AACUGCCUUCUCAUUCUUAUUCACCGAUCACUACAGUUUAUUUGUACGUCGACAUCAAGCUAAUUAGCAUGAUGGAGUAUUCUCGUUGCUCUAGCAAAGAAAACCAGCAGGGAGAUAGUCUGGAAGCAGACCUGCAAUGUGUGCGCAAAGAGAACGAAGCUCUAAGAUUCCUAGUUGAAGCUAUGAGCAGCAAGUACACCAGACUUGAGGCCCAUCUCCAACUGCUCCGACUCCAACUUCAACAAAACAAGUCUCCAACACACGAUGAUCAUCAUCGUAUGACUACCACUGGCUCAGGAUGUCAUGAUAUUUAUGAUCCAACUGCAAACAAGAGAGCAAGAACAACUGCUUUUGCUCAUUGUAAUCACCAGCAGCAUCCUCAGUUCCCGGUAGCCAAUAAGACGUCGCAGUUCCUUAUCAGAACCGACUCUAAAGACAAUACCCUUAUUGUGAAAGAUGGAUAUCAAUGGAGGAAGUACGGACAGAAGGUGACCAAGGACAACCCAUUAUCCCCUCGAGCUUAUUACAGGUGCUCCAUGGCUCCAACUUGCCCUGUCAAAAAGAAGGUACAGAGAUGCAUGCUGGACAAGUCGAUCCUUGUGGCAACAUAUGAAGGCCACCACAACCAUGACACCCUCGAUAACUCUAAUUCCCUACUGCUUGGACAAAUAAUUUCAUCUUCGCCUUCAUCAACACUAGUCCCAUCUCCUCGUAAUCAGAUUCUGCCUGUUGAUUUUCCUCAAGCAGCUGUAGUACAUGGAGUGCUACAAAGCACCAGUACUAGUACCGCAGCUGGCCCUAUUACUAUGACGAGUCCUCUUUCUCGGCAGGAGCCAACAAAUCUUGAUCUUACUCUCUGCGGAUCUAAAUUCAAAUCCAAUCAAGAAGAGAACACACCAGGACGAGGAGGCAGCCCUGUUGGGACUAUUAGUACUGCUGAUAAGACCUGUGAAAAUGAGAAAAUACAAGAAUACGUUUCUUCUCUAACCAAAGAUCCGAAUUUCACCGUAGCUUUAGCUGCUGCUGUUGCCCGCUCCAUUAGAACUGCUCCAUCUGCACCUAACCCCUAAACCGGCCGGUGUACGUAAUUCAUUGAAUAUGGUAUGUUAGACAAGUUUCCCAGAUUGUAGUUAGGUACGUAGGUUUAAGGGAUGGAUGAAAUUCUGAAGAAACAAUACAUAUAUAGGUGUUUCUGCUUUGUUAUACUUGCUACUUUGCUAGCAGUAGCAAGUAUUCAUUUUUAAUUUGUAUGUUAUCAAAGUAGUUGCGUUUAGCUACUAAACAUUCAUAACGACCCAUGUUUCAAUUGAAAGUGGUUUCCAU